AUGGAACAUUCUGGAGAGCUACAGGGCCCCGCCAAGCAGGCUCAGAGAGGGUCAGCAUCUUAUAAGCAGGGGCAGCAGCUGGUGCACCCUGACAUCCUCCUGCACCCCCUGCAUCUCCAGAGGCAGCGGCUGGAGCACCCCAGCAUCCUCCUGCACCUCCUGCACCUCCAGGACCAGCUACCAGGACAGCGCACGGCCCCGGGGCGAGAGACGCGUCUCUCCAGCCGGGGAUCCGGGGAGUCUGGCUGUUCCCCAGCCCACGCGGCGGCGGCUUCUCAGGCACCUGAACUGCAGAAGAGACCAAGUAGGGAAAGAAGGGCCGGGCGGGGGCGGCGCCGGCACGCGAGGGACCCAGGGGCGCUGCGCAUCGGGCUCACGUCGGGGGCCUGGGCGCCGGCGGAGGGCGGGGCGCGCGGCCCGGGCAGUGCGCGCAGCCGGACGUGGUUCCGUGCGCCCGGGCACCGGGUCGGGGUUCCCCGUGCGGUCCACCGCCUCAGCCUGCGCUGCCCAAGCGCGAGUCCCGAAGUCGCGCCGCGCUCCCCGCCUGUGCCCCCCACCCCCACGGGACCGCGGGCGCCCCACCCCAACCCCGAGCCGGUGUCCCCGGCUCCGCGGCCACCGCGACCGUUCCGGGGACUCCUCGCCCCUCUGCGGCGGGACCGAAGCCCGGGCAGGCCCAGGGCGGGUUCAAGGAGAUUGGAAAGGACUCUUAGUCCAGACACCCGCACCCCACUGCGGCCACAGCCCGCCCGCCGGCCCGGCGCCCCGCCCCGCUCACCGCCCCCCAUGUUUCCGGCGCUGCCCGGGCAGGGCUGCCUCGGCUCGGCCGCCCCUGCCCCGCAAGCUGCUCCGGGAAGCGGGUCGGAGCGCGGGGCCCGGGAAACGGGAUCUCGGGGCCGGGGGCCACGGCGGGGGCCGGCGCUCGGAAGGCGGGCUCUUUGGGAGACAUCAUACAUCCAAACUGGCACACUGGGGCUCGAACACAACUGCCCAACAGCCCAGACCAUGGGGUAUGGUGGGGAAAACCAGCAGCAAUUUUUCAAAGACCCAGGGGCCGGCGAUCUCCUGGACAAAGAUGAGGACAAGGACAGAGGGUGGAACUGGGCCUCCCUGCGAUUGGCCGUGGAGCAGACCAUGAGAGUCGCCACCAGCACCUCACCUGGCAGCUCUUACGGGUCCUUUUCCUUCCAUCGUCAGGGCUGGCAGGGCACAAGUCUCUCCCCAUGUAGACUCUGCUGCCCCGGGGCCUCUAGCAGGCAGCCCCACUGCAGAGACCAGCACUUCCGGACGCAGAAGAUGAGUUACAAGGCACUGAGGGAUGAAAAUUCUAAGCUAGCAAGGAAGCUGAAUGUGGUUCAGAGCUUCUCUGAAACUCAAAUGGAAAUGGUGAGGACACUUGAGUGGAAAUGAGAAGCAAAGAUGCUGAAGGAGGAGAGUGAUGAAGGUGACCUGGUUGUGGUCCAACAGGUGGUCCAGCUGGAGCUGAUGACCAAAUGGGCUAUAAAGGCAGGAAAUCACAUUACAAAACAAGAAAUGAGUUGGCUCCAGGCUCAGGUCUCCAACACCCAGCGAGAGAAUGAUGCCCUGCACCAGGGACCCAGCUUGUCCAGGAUGGAGCAGAGCACCGAUGUAAACCCACAGAACCUCCACGUCGUGAUGAACACACACUCUUCAGUGAAGCAGCUGGUUUCUGGAGCAGAAACAUUGAAUCUCAUCGCUGAAGUCCUAAAGUCUAUAGAUAGAAUUUCUGAAGUGAAAGACAAAGGGGAGGACAAAGAAUCUCGAGAAUCUGUGGAACGCUUCCAGCCUAAAGCCCUAUUUACGUCCUGCCUGCUUUAUUCAGAAAUGCAGUUGUGUCUUUCAAUAUGCAAUCUUCCCUGUAGGAAAAAUAUUUAUCAUGAGAUACUCAUUUCAUGGCCUAAAACAGUAUCGUUAGCAAAUUGUGAUCCAGGGGUAGCCGUGUACGUGAGUUUCACCAAUAGUUUAUAUAUGAAAUCCUUGUGGUCGACUGUCUUAUUUUAUAGGCUCUAAUAAUCUAUUGGAAGAAAUUUUAUACAAGCCAGUGUUUUUUUAAAUUACUAUACAUGAAAACAGCAGUUCUGAAAAAACAACAUUACAAGAACCCUAUUGUGGACCAAUAUCCAUCUUGAACAUAGAUGCAAAAAUUCUUAACCAAACUUCAGAAAAUCACAUCCAACAUGAUAUUAAAAGGAUGCUAAUACAUCCCAACUAAGUGGAUUUUAUCCAGAAAUGCGGCUUGGUUUAACAUUUAAAAAAUCAAUGUACUUUUCCGUAUUAACAAACUAAAAAAGAAACCAUAUGAUCUCAUUAAACACAGAAAAUACAUUUGACAAAAUUCCUGAUAAAAACCCUCAGAAAACUAGGAAUAGAAGGGCACUUUCACAUUUUAAGGGCAUCUACACAAAACCUACAGCUAACAUUGUAAAUGGUAAAAUCUGAAUGCUUUCCUCCUGAGAUCAGGGAAAAGGA